AUGAGUGUCUGGGGCUCGGCGCAGACCGCCGACGGCAGGACAUAUUACUUCAACAAGCAGACCAAAGAAACAACGUGGACCAAGCCUGCCGAUUUCGACGACUCCGAGCCGCCUGCAACGCCAGUGACACCAAGCACAGGCAAUGCAGCAGAUUGGGCCGAGGCCAAGACUCAGGAUGGCAGGACUUACUACUACAACAAGCUCACCAAACAGACGACAUGGACACUUCCGCCGGAACUUGCGCGCCAGCAGCAAGCGCAGCAGAACGGUCGACCUGACUUUGUGGCCGGUGGUGGUGGAUCUAGUUUUGGAGGUGAUCGAGAUUUUGGCGGUCGUGAUCGGAGAGAUGAUCGUGGCCAUGGUCUGCCGCAGAAGCCAUCAUUUGAUGGACCACGUGGCCCAAUGCCUGUGAAGACCGACGAACCCGACUACGCUACUCCCGAGCAGGCGGAAGAGGCCUUCUUCAAGCUUUUGAAGCGCAACAACAUCACUGCCGAGACCGACUGGCAUGACGCUCUAAGAAUUGUCAUCCGCGAUCGCGAAUACCGCGCAAUCAAGGAUCCCAAGGACCGCAAGAUCGCGUUCGAGAAGUAUCAGGCAGAGGUGAAAGCUCAAGAGAAAGAGAAAGAGAAAGAGCGCAAGACAAGAGUGCGCGAAGAGUUCCGUCGCAUGCUGUCAACGCACGAUGAGAUCGAUCACUACACCCGCUGGAAAACUGCUCGACCGGUCAUUGAGCGUGAAGCGGUGUUCAAGAGUGCGGGUGACGAAGACGAGCGUCGCCGUAUCUUCGAUGAGUACAUUUUGGAGCUGAAAAAGAAGCAUGUCGAAGAGGAGACAGCCCGGCGGAAAGUUGCUAUGCAGGAGCUAGAUAAAAUGCUCAAGGUGCUGAUUAUUGACCCCGACACAAGAUGGGCUGACGCCGAAGAUAAGAUCAUGAGCAACGAGCGAUUUGUCUCUGAUGACACAUUCAAGGACUUGCCAAAAGUCGACAUCUUCUUGGCUUAUGAAAGUCACAUGAAGGCCUUGGAACGAGUCGCCAAUGAUGCUAUUCAGACGGAGAAGAGGAAUAAAUACCGCCGCCAGCGGCAAGCUCGCGAUAGCUACAAGCAGCUUCUGCAUGAGAAGCUUCGAGAGGGCAGAAUCAAGGCCGGCACCAAGUGGCAGGAUCUCUUCCCGCAAAUCAAGGACGACGAGCGAUUCCUCGCAUACCUUGGCGUACAACAGGGCAGCGAGGCCAUUGAGCUGUUCUGGGAUGUGGUUGAAGACGAGGAGCGCAAGCUACGCUCGAAGCGAAACGACGCCCUCGAUGUGCUUGAAGACAAGCGCUGGGAAAUGACACUUGAAACAUCCGUACAAGAGUUUUUGGAAGUUAUGCGGUCUCAUCCGAAGACAGCGAAAUACGCUGAAGACGACCUCCAUAUGAUCUACGAUCGCUUGAUGGAGAAGGUCAAGCGCCGGGCUGAUGAUGACAAGAUCGAGGCUGAGCGUCACCAGAAAGUGGCAGUUGACAAUCUCCGUUCUGCUAUGAAGAAGCUGACUCCGCCUGUCGCUAUUUCUGACAGUUACGACGACAUCGCAUCACGACUUGUAGGCAUGCGUGACUUCGACAAUGCCGAUGAGGAAGUUAGGCGACGAGCUUAUGAUAAGUUUAUGACGCGGCUUAGAGAGCGUGAGGAUCAUGAACGCGAUCGCCGUCGCGAGCGCAGCAGGGACCGACGUCGAGAUGAUCGAGAGCGUGACAGAGGAGACCGCGAACGCCGCCACCGCACACGCACACCAGAAGUCGAUGCAUACGAAGCUGACAGGCGUAAGGCGCAGGCAGAUCGUGAGAGACAGUAUAGGAAGGCCUCAUUCGGACUGACGCCUCCGCCACGCGACCGCCGAGACGACAGAUACGAUGACCGCCGCGACGAUCGUCGUCGACCAGAUCCACGCGAUAUGUAUGAGCGAGAGCGCCGCGAGCGCGAACAUGAACGUGAGCGUAAUUAUCUGAGCCGUGCUGAUCCCCGCGACAAGGGCCGCACGCUUGACUACGGCGAUGAGGAUCAAGUGGGCAGCAGGCCUCCUUCAGUCAGGAAGAGGCGCGAGUCAGAUGGAAGCAUGAGCAGCAGACGCGACAACAAGCGUCCACGCCGAACCCACUCCCCUGAACCAAGUCUCCUCAAGGAAGAGCCUCCAGAGCUGCAGAGUGGCUCUGAAGAAGGCGAGAUCGAGGAAGUGUAG